CGCGGGCGGGGCCGGGGCGAUGAGGAAUCUGUUCGGUCGCAAGCGGCAGACCCGCGUUACCGAGCAAGAUAAGGCCGUGCUGCAACUAAAACAGCAACGAGACAAAUUAAAGCAAUAUAAGAAAAAGAUUUCUCUACAGCUGGACCGAGAGAGGAUUGUUGCUCGUCAACUACUAAAAGAUGGCAAGAAAGAGAAAGCCAAACUUCUGCUAAAGAAGAAGCGUUAUCAAGAGCAAUUGUUAGACAAAACUGAAAACCAAAUUAGCAAUUUAGAGCGCAUGGUCCACGAUAUUGAAUUCACACAGAUUGAGAUGAAAGUGAUUGAGGGUCUCAAAAUUGGCAAUGAAUGUUUAAAUAGAAUGCAUCAAGUUAUGUCAAUAGAAGAGGUGGAAAGAAUCAUGGAUGAAACCCAGGAGGCUGUAGAGUACCAGAGGCAAAUAGAUGAGAUAUUGUCUGGAAGCUUCACUACAGAGGAUGAAGAUGCUAUUUUAGCUGAAUUAGAUGCCAUCACUCAGGAGCAGAUUGAUCUUCCAGAGGUUCCCUCAGAGCCUCUCCCAGAAAGGAUUUCAGAAAAAUCGCCCAUCAGAAUCAAACCAAAGCCAGAAUUGAUUGCUGCAUCUUAACUCCACUACCUGCGGGGUAUCCCUGCAUUGAAUCUCGGAAUCCCAGCAUGCCUGGGGUAUAGGAGGCCUCCCUGCUGGCAUUACCCAGCCAUACUGGAGCAGGUUUUCUGCACAGAAUGGAAGCUGUAACUGGUUAAUGUUCCCAUAUCAAGGUUAUUUUGUAGCGUGCACACUCCUCCUUUUUGUAAUUUAAACGGGAUUAAACGGUGACUCUUAAA